AUGUCUAAGGCUGUUGGUAUUGAUUUAGGUACUACUUACUCAUGUGUUGCACACUUCGCUAACGAUCGUGUUGAAAUUAUUGCUAACGAUCAAGGUAACAGAACUACUCCAUCAUAUGUUGCUUUCACAGACACUGAGAGAUUGAUUGGUGAUGCUGCUAAGAACCAAGCCGCAAUUAACCCUAAGAACACAGUGUUCGAUGCUAAGAGACUGAUAGGGCGUAAGUUCGAUGACGCUGAAGUUACAAAUGAUGCUAAGCACUUCCCAUUCAAGGUGAUAAAUAAGGAUAGUAAGCCAGCUAUAGAGGUAGAAUUCAAAGGUGAAACGAAAACUUUCACCCCAGAAGAGAUCUCUUCUAUGGUCCUGGGUAAGAUGAAAGAGACCGCUGAGCAAUUUUUGGGUACUACUGUGAACGAUGCAGUGGUCACCGUGCCCGCUUACUUCAAUGACUCCCAAAGACAAGCUACUAAGGAUGCUGGUACAAUUGCUGGUCUAAAUGUGCUACGUAUCAUUAACGAACCUACAGCAGCUGCUAUUGCUUAUGGUUUGGACAAGAAAGGUGCUAGCGAGCAUAAUGUUUUGAUUUUCGAUCUUGGUGGUGGUACCUUCGAUGUUUCCCUAUUAUCCAUUGACGAUGGUGUCUUCGAAGUUAAGGCUACUGCUGGUGAUACUCACUUGGGUGGUGAAGAUUUCGAUAACAGACUAGUCACUCAUCUGGCAAAUGAAUUCAAGAGAAAGAACAAGAAGGACCUAACCACCAACCAAAGAGCACUAAGGAGAUUGAGAACUGCAGCAGAGAGAGCUAAGAGAGCUUUGUCUUCUUCUUCUCAAACUUCAAUUGAAAUUGAUUCUCUCUUUGAAGGUGUCGAUUUUUACACUUCUAUCACUAGAGCCAGAUUUGAGGAGUUGUGUGCUGAUUUGUUCAGAUCCACCUUGGAGCCAGUAGAGAAAGUUUUGAGAGACUCCAAACUAGACAAGUCUCAAAUUGAUGAAAUUGUCUUGGUCGGUGGUUCCACCAGAAUCCCAAAGGUUCAAAAGCUUGUCUCUGACUUCUUCAACGGUAAGGAGCCAAACAGAUCCAUUAACCCAGAUGAAGCAGUCGCCUACGGUGCCGCUGUUCAAGCCGCUAUCUUGACCGGUGAUCAAUCCUCCAAGACACAAGACCUUUUGUUGUUGGAUGUCGCUCCAUUGUCUCUUGGUAUUGAAACAGCUGGUGGUAUUAUGACCAAGUUGAUCCCAAGAAACUCCACAAUCCCAACUAAGAAGUCUGAAGUCUUCUCCACUUACGCAGACAACCAGCCUGGUGUUUUAAUUCAAGUCUUUGAAGGUGAAAGAACUAAGACAAAGGACAACAACUUGCUAGGUAAGUUUGAAUUAUCUGGUAUUCCACCUGCUCCAAGAGGUGUUCCACAGAUCGAGGUUACUUUCGAUAUUGAUGCCAAUGGUAUCUUGAAUGUCUCCGCUGUCGAAAAGGGUACUGGUAAGUCUAACAAGAUCACCAUCACCAAUGAUAAAGGUAGAUUAUCCAAGGAGGAUAUCGAAAAGAUGGUUGCCGAAGCUGAGAAGUUCAAGGCUGAAGAUGAGAAGGAAGCUGAACGUGUUCAAGCAAAGAACCAAUUGGAAUCUUACGCCUUCUCAUUGAAGAAUACUUUGAAUGAGGCCAGUUUCAAAGAAAAGGUCGGUGAAGAAGACUCCAAGAAAUUGGAAACUGCUGCCCAAGAGACCAUUGACUGGUUAGACGCAUCCCAAGCAGCUUCAACCGAUGAAUACAAGGACAGACAAAAGGAAUUAGAGGCCGUCGCCAACCCAAUUAUGAGCAAGUUCUACGGUGCCGCUGGCGGUAUGCCAGGUGCUGGUGGAAUGCCUGGUGCUGGUGGUAUGCCUGGUGCUGGUGCUGGUACCGGUGCUGCUGAUUCCGGUCCAACCGUUGAAGAAGUUGAUUAA